CAAAGUCGCUGCACAGACGGAUCUCAGCCGGCGGCAGCAGCUGUACUGCGGCGAUAGGCAGUAUUUCUACAAACUAUGGAGACUUUAUACAGCAUACCGUUUUCUGUGCUUGAAUGUCCAAACAUAAAACUGAAGAAACCGUCAUGGCUGCACAUGCCGUCGGCUAUGACUGUGUACGCGGUCGUUAUUGUGUCCUACUUUCUCAUCACAGGAGGCAUCAUCUACGAUGUUAUUGUAGAGCCACCAAGUGUGGGUUCAAUGACUGAUGAGCAUGGACACCAGCGGCCAGUUGCCUUCUUGGCAUACAGAGUAAAUGGCCAGUACAUUAUGGAAGGACUGGCUUCCAGUUUCCUCUUCACAAUGGGAGGUCUGGGCUUUAUAAUCCUGGACCGCUCCAAUGCACCAAACAUUCCCAAACUCAACCGCUUCCUGUUGCUCUUCAUCGGUUUCGUCAGCGUCCUCCUCAGCUUCUUCAUGGCCAGAGUGUUCAUGCGCAUGAAGCUGCCAGGAUACCUCAUGGGCUAAAGAUGCAGACAGCACACUUCAACAGAUUCGGAUGGACAUAUGACAUUAAAUAUGUGGGGGGGCCCAACAGGAGUUCAGAUAAAAUUAUGGUUAAACUCAAGCUUUUGAUAUAAACAACCAUUAAGGACUGAAAGCACUGACCUUGCUGAAGAAAUCAGACUCGGCUGCACUGACAGUCUAUCACUGGCUGUGUCUCAUCAGUAUUCAGUGACUUCCUGUCCUCUUUUCUCCAGUGCUCCAAACAAAUUAGUUCAGCAAAUUGUCUCUUUAGCAGACCUCUUCUUGUCAGGUUAGAUCUAACACUAAUGCAUUACCUGUUUUGCCAAAUUGACCUCAGGUACUGUUACAUCAUUAUUACCAAUUUUGUCCUAUUUCCUUGACAAAACAAGGAAAACUGCAAAAUUAAUUAUUAAUUUUCAAUUCACUGAGAGAAACUCAAAGUACAUUUCAGUGGGUGAAAUAUGUCUCAGUCACUGGAGAAGAAAAUGGAUGUAAGGAAGUUACUGGACACUGUUGGGAUGGAGCCAUUGCUUUGAAAUCAAGAUUAGCACUGUGUGAAUCACGUAAUGGAGGGUCAGAAUAAUGUGCAAGUGUAUAUGUUUUUGUUAAAAAGUCGAUGAGAAAGCCUUGAAGCGUCACAGUUGCAUUUUUGUACAAGGUUAUGAAAUAAAUCUUCCUUUUCAGA